CAGCCGGUGGCUGCAGCUCUGGUGGCCGGUGCGGGAUGCUCGCAGAUUCUCCGGGUCUCCGGAGCUUGCGUUCGGCUCGCGCAGAGCCAACUCGGCCGAGUCGGGGAGGCACCCCGGGGAUGCUGCUCCUGAGAAGUCCAGCGGCUCAGCCUCGGGGCUCCAAAGGAAAAACCCGAGCUCUUGCAGGUGAAGCUGCGGUCCAUUCGCGGUCUUCCGGAGGCCGCCUGCGCAUCGCAUCACCGCCAGCCUCGGCCACGCAUAUUACCCCGGCACCGCCGGCGCAGGGCGCGCGGGAGAGUGGGGACCACGGCUGGGAAGGCGCGAACCGAACACCGAGGAUGGACGCCCGCACCUGGCGUCUGAGCUGGCGCUGUCUCCUCCUCCUGGCUCUCCUUGGAUCUACCCGGAGCGAGGGUGUGGAGAGCUGCGAAGAAGUUCGGAAACUUUUUCAGUGGCGACUUGGGGGAGCUGUCAAGGGACUACCAUAUACACCGCGGGCAGGACCCGAUCUUCAGGUUUGUGUAUCCAAAAACCCAACAUGUUGUACCAGGAAGAUGGAAGAGAGAUACCAGAUUGCAGCUCGGCAAGAUUUGCAGCAGGUGCUUCAGACAUCCAGCUCAACGUUAAAGUUGUUAAUAUCUCGAAAUGCAGCUGCUUUUCAAGAGACCCUGGAAACCCUCAUCCGGCAAGCAGAGAAUUACACCAGCAUCCUUUUCUGCAACACCUACAGGAACAUGGCCUUGGAGGCUGCCGCUUUCAUUCAGGAGUUUUUCACUGAUGUAGGGCUCUAUUUAUUUGGUGCAGAUGUUAAUCCUGAAGAAUUUGUAAACAGAUUUUUUGACAGUCUUUUCCCUCUGGUCUACAACCAUCUCAUAAACCCUGGUGUGACUGACAGUUCUCCCCAAUACUCUGAAUGCAUCCGAAUGGCUCGCCAGAAUGUUAGUCCGUUUGGCAAUAUCCCCCAAAGAGUCAUGGGACAGAUGGGGAGGUCCUUGUUGCCCAGCCGCACAUUUCUGCAAGCCCUUAAUCUAGGCAUUGAAGUCAUUAACACCACGGACCAUAUGCACUUCUCCAAGGAAUGCAGUCGAGCCCUCCUGAGGAUGCAGUAUUGCCCGCACUGCCAGAGCCUCAUGCUCAGUAAGCCCUGUACAGGGUACUGCCUCAAUGUCGUCAGGGGCUGCCUGGCCCACAUGACAGAGCUCAAUCCACACUGGCAUGCUUACAUCCGGUCCUUGGAAGAGCUCUCAAAUGCAAUGCAUGGGACCUAUGACGUUGAGCACGUGCUCCUGAACUUCCACCUGCUUGUGAAUGAUGCUGUGUUACAGGCGCACCUCAAUGGGCAGAAGCUACUGGACCAGGUGACUAAGAUUUGUGGCAAUCCAGUGAGGAUAGCGACACAGAGCCCCCGCUGUACUUCUGAUCCAAGCAAAGAGAAGCAUGGAGUGAGGAUCUCUACAAGGAAUGGCGAGGAGACGCUUGCCAACAGAAGAAAAGAAUUCAUCAACAGCCUUAGACUGCACAGGUCUUUCUAUGGUGACCUGGCUGAUCAGCUUUGCAUCACUGAAUUAGCUGCUGCUGAAGGAAGGCCCUGCUGGAACGGGGAGGACAUAGUGAAAAGCUACGCUCAACGUGUGGUUGGAAACGGGAUGAAAGCCCAGUCUGGAAACCCCGAAGUCAGAGUCAGAGGAACUGACCCUGUGAUAAACCAGAUCGUUGAUAAACUGAAGCAUGUUAUCCAGUUGUUACAGGGUAGAUCACCCAAACCCAACACGAGGGAGCUGCUUCAGCCAGGCAGUGGUGGCGGCAUGCUGGAACAAUCUAGUGGGGACUGUGAUGACGAAGACGGCUGUGGUGGAUCAGGGAGUGGAGAAGUCAAGAGGACCCUGAAGAUCACAAACUGGAUGCCGGACAACAUGAACUUCAGUGAUGUCAAGCAAGUCCACCGAGCAGACCAUGGAAGUACUCUGGAUAUAACUGGUGCGGGAUGUGCAUUGGGCACUGAGUCGAUGAUGCUCACACUAAUGGGGAUGCUGGUGAUUCUUGGACUUUGGUAAUGGAACUCUUCUGUCUGGACAUACCAUACGGGAGUCCUGUUUUAUCCUAUAUCUCCUUAUGCUUGGAAUAGAAGAUUUCUUUAAAAGGAAUGAUUGAAUUUGGAAAAAGUGUGUCAUGCUAACUUCUCAGAAGCCAACUUGAAUGUCCACAGAGUACCUAGAAACCAAGAUUUUGACAGACGGUUUCAAAUUCCUGGCGUCUAACUUAAACCUUCUUAAAUUCUAACAUUAAGUCUAAAACUGUGAAAAUCUCAGAAGUGACUUUGAAUAAGAAGGGUUUGGUAUAUCUUUAAUUCUAUUCUUCUCAAUUUCAAACCCUUUCCUUUUAAAAUUGAGAAUGUCAUCAUUUGAAGAGUAUGUUUGCCAGGCUCAGAAAACAACUAGUAUUUCUUAAAGCACUGGGAAUAGAAAUAAUAUUAAGUCAAAACACACAAUGGCGAGUAUUAUGCAUGCAUUUUUAAGUGAGUCUUACAUUUUUGCAAGUUACAGGAAAAAGUUACUAAAAGUCUGUGAGUUAUAAAGUAGAUUAGCAGGGUGAUUUCACAAAAGUUUACUGAAGAGCUUGACAAUGUUUGCCACUCUAGCUUCGCCAGUGAGCUUAGUAAUUUAAGGGCACCUAUUCAUUGUAGUAUCACGGCUCUGUCCCCUCCUUUCCCUUUACCUAAAAGAUCUCGUUAUGUCUGAAAGCAUACUUGUAAACUCCAAUAAAUCUGUUGAUUAUUUGAUGAGAAAUUUUAAAGACUAUUAUAGUCAUCUUUACUAAUAAAAGUUUAUUCCUAACGUAUUUAUUUUGAAAAUGUUAUUUGCUAAUUUUUUAAAGCAUCAUAUGGAGCACAAAGUUGGCUAUCUUUGCAUAAGGUCUGAUGAAUAUCUUGCUGAGGGUAAUAAGACAGAACAUGCAGCAUGCAAGUGUUUAGCUCUCUUCCUGUGUGGUCGGCAGGAAAGUUGCUAAUCCACCAUCCCAAAUUUCUCAGCUGUGGUAAGUUACAGAAACUGAUAGGAGUCUUCUAAAGCUGCACUUAAGGAGGAAGAGUUUAGUCAGUUUUUAUUAAGAAGUAUCACACCUGGUUAUGGCCAGGAAAUCUAAUGAAUACAAAGCAAAGGAAAAGAAAAAGGAAAUGCUGAACUUCUUAAGCAAAUAAUUCAGAAGGAUUUAAAAUGACCUGUGACAACGGUCGUAAAGGAUUCAUUUUAACAGCCAACAUGACAGAGGCAGAACUGAUUUCCCCAAUCAGGAAGCAGUAUAUGAUCAAACCUUAUCUAUCUAAGGUUCCCAAUCAGGUGUUUGGAGAGUUGUCAGUUUCAAUUACAAUAUUUUUAACUGCUCAAGUAGGUUUUAUUUUCUGUUCAAGCAUGUCUGAAACCUGGAACCAGUAUUUCACCUGCUGAUCCUCUGUGUAAUUUUCUUAGGCUACUACUCUAGGCAGAGAUGUGGGUAGCUAUUGACCCUUCAGCUACACUCAGACCAGCGCACUUCACAAACUACAAACUUAAAUUGUUUUCCGGUUACUAUCUCAGGAAAAAUUAAUAUUCAGUCACUCAUGCAAUCUUGCCCCUGCCAAGGUUAGUUUCCUAUAGAAAAAUGUCUUGGUCCCUAAAUUAGGGGAAAUUCAUUUUAUAGUCUGAAGAGCACAGCUCAGGAGUUUAAGAUGUAUGCUGACAAAAUUAGUUGAUUCAAGAUAAUUUGGGGCAUUACUAAAAAUGGAUAAGAGCAGAGAACUAACAGAAUCAAUAGAAUCAAUGGGUGCAUUUUACAGACUACAUUUUAUGUUCUCAAAUGUGUGAUGUCUCCCUCCAACCAUGUAUGAACACUCCAACAUAUGUCAGAACACUGCUGGGAGAGCUUAGAGCCCUUGGAGGUUUGCAGAAUUUCUUUAAGAGCCUGAGGCAUCAUUUUUAGUAUUCUUGGUGAGGGUAUUCAUCCUUUAACAUGUCACUUGGUGACAUUUUAUAUUCAUAUAGCAUUUCAUAAUGUAAAAAGUUCUUUCAAAUAAAACAAAGCAUCUCACGUGACCUUCCUCACUCUCCAGGUUGACUUAGACAUCGGUUUUUUUAUAAUAUGGCUCCAAAUCUCAUCUUGGUGAUUUCCAGAAAUGAUAUCUAAGAGGGUUUAAACAAGAGUAAAAUUAUUUAAGCAUUCAUCUCAACUCCCAUGAUGACUUAAAAAUAUCAAAAUAUCAUGUUUUUACGCAUAUCUUAUAUCGAAUGAUUUUUAUCCAAGUUGUUUCUGAGCCCUGAAUGAUUUUUAUACACAUUGAAGUGCUCACAAAGUUAUUGCAGGGUUUGGGUGUGUAGCUAAAAACUAUAUAUAAAAAAAGGAAAAGGAACAAAAGAAACUGAAAAGAAAAGAAAAAAAAGAAAAGAAAAGCCUACAAAAAAACCUUUAGUUCUUAGCUGAGUGUCUCACAUCUCUUGGGGGAGAGUGGGUUAAGAAUUAGAGUGAGAAUUUACUUGCCUGUUAUUCUUCAUAGACACAGUGAUAAAUGAGUUUAUUGAAUUUAUGCACAACCUCUUUCAAUCUUCCCAAUAACAUUAUCACCUGUAUUUUACCAGUGACAGAAGUGAGGUUUAGGAUAUCAUGAAAUUUGUCUGAUGCCAUGCAGCUAAUCAUUAUAUAAUUAAAGGGGUGGGGGGGCCUUUGAUGAAAAGCAAUUUACAUUCCUAGUUUAAAAGCAAUAGCGUCUCACAGCGAUAGAGAGAAACAUAGGUGCUAAUAUCAAAACUAUCCAGAUUUCUUCAACUCUCUAAGCUAGUACAUGAAUUUGUCCUGGACUACUGCUAUUGGAAUCAAGUUGUACUGACUUCAUAAUUUCAUCAUUGUCAAACUACAUGUCAAUUUGCAUAUUGAAAGUGAGCAAGGAAAAUGUGGACUUUUUGUUCUGACAGUUGUUCGUCUCUGACAUAUUCAAAUCACACUCAUAUACAGCGGCUCCCAAAUAAAUCAGCUAUCAAAAAAUGCAAAAGAAUACAGCACUUUUGUAAUUAUCAUGGAAUCAUGAAGUUACCUUUUAUUUCCUGUGCUACUGAUGGGGAUACAAUUUCUAGGCCUAUAGAGCACAGAAUAAAAUUAGAGAAAGAAUUUAAAAGAGAGAGAGCGAGAGGAGAGGAGAGAGGGAGGAGUGAAGAAUUGGAAAAGAAAAGAGAAGAGGAAAGAUGGUAAAGAAGACAGGAAGGGAGGAAGGGAGUAGGAGAGAGGCAAGUCAGUGACUGUAAGAGAAUCCUCUUUAUGCACCCUGGAUUAGCCUUUAAAUCUACUGUUUGUUCAGGAGACGCUGGCCAUUGGCCGUAUUUUCUCCUCACUGAGGGCAGAAGUUAAUGAGAUAUUUUCCCCAAACACUCGUGUCUUCUGAAGUGUUUGCUAAGGACACUUGGAAAUGACUCAAUUAGACAUUAUUUUCAGACACUUACCUUACCGUUUUAUCUCCAGAACCCUUCCAGUACAAAAAACAAUUGUUUCUUUCUUUGUACAUGAAUUUAUUCUGGACUGCUGCUAUUCUGUAAGAAAUUCACUGUGUGCAAGGAAGUAA